UCGUGACACCUGUGCCAUCAACAUCAGCUUCCCCUCUAAGAGCGAUUUCGCCCUUUGACUUUGUCAUACCGAGCAUGCUUCAAUUUUCAGAGGGUGAUGCUGACAUAUUUACCAGUGGCAUCACCAAAUCUCAGGUGUUAGGCCUUGUACACAUGAGGGCGUUAGAUGCCGCGUUAAGCGCUCGUUUGUCAAACGCGCGUUAGCCAAAUACAUAGAAACAAAUGGGAUCGUACACAUGCAAACGCGCGCUUUGAAUCAACGUCGCCAAAUCGCGACGCUUGUAGUUUUCACUUCAACCGCUACGUUUGCAGCGCGCUUCGAGUUACUAUACUGGGCAUUAGAACGUACACAUGUGCUCAGUCGAGCGCGCGCUUUUGCUCGGUUUUGACGUGAAUUGUGUGAUCUGUGAGUGAUCUUAACAUUGUUUUGAUCUGUUUGUGUAUGUACAAUGGAAGCGGAAGCGUUUGACACAGAAUUGUUUAUUGAUGAAGUCGAAAAAAGAAGAUGCAUCUGGGACACGGAGUGUCCAGAUUAUAAAAAUAGAGUCUUGAAAAAGUCUGCUUGGCAGGAGAUUGUGGAUGUGUUUGCAGAAAAAAACAUGACAAAGGAAGAGAAGACACUUUUAGAUAUAUAUAUUUUUUUUUCAGGCAAUACGUUGCAGAAAAAAUGGAAACAUGUUCGAGACAACUAUUCUAGAGAGCUAAAGAAACAAGAAACUUUGAAAUCUGGUUCUGGGGCAAGUAAGUCUAACCCAUACAUAUAUUUUCAACGCCUUCAGUUCUUGCAACCUAUUGUAACUAACAAAGCUGUUACUGAUAGCCUAGAAAACAGCAAUGAAUUGGAUGAUGAAACAGAAUUGCUGCAUUCUCAGCCACGUUCAGAUGAGCCCCAAACAAGGGCUGUUGAUAAGAACGUCAAUAGCAACAAAAGGUUUAAGAUAAACCCUGUGGACAAGCAAUUCAUUGAUAUUUUAAACAAAAGUGUUGCUCUUAGGGAACAAAGACAUGCAGAAGUUCCAAAUAAGGAUGAUGAUGACAAACUAUUUUGUAUGUCUUUGUACACUGAGCUCCAAAAAGUACCUGCACAUGGGCGGCUCCGUACAAAAAUACAGUUAUUAGAAGUCAUUCAGAGGGCCCAAGAAUUCUAUAACCCCUCACAAAUUCCCCAAGUGCCUCCGAGUUAUUACUCAUCGUACCCACCACCCCAGACAUUCAAUCAAAUGAAUUACGGAUCCAAUGUUCAAAGGCACCAAUUUCAAACGGUUCAAGAAAGUUCCUCCUCUGGAUUACUCAUGGGUUACAGCAGCCAAUCAGCACCAAUGAGCCCGACACCAUCUGUGGCAUCAACAGCACUAUCGCCAACGGACAGCACCAUUUCUCAAGCAAACACGGAUUUUUCUGAUAUUUACGAUUAAUA